AAAUACAAAGACUUGGUCACCUCUCCCUCUCUCUGCCACUAAGUGGCUUAUUUCUUUCUAUGGCCUGCCUAAUUUAUAGCUCAAUAACUAAAACCAACAUUGCUAUAACCAAAAUCAAACACAAACACUUUCUCAAGAACCAAACACAAAAAAGAAACAAAGAGAGUGACUUCAAUUUUUUAUUUUUUAUUUUUUAUUUUUGGGCUCAUACUUGAGAACUAAUUAAACAAAGCUAAAAACAAGUCUAUUACAAAGUUGUAAAAAUAGGGCAGGAGGACAAAGAACCGGUUCACAAGGCCGAGGAGAGCAGUAGCUCAUCCCCGACCGCUUCAUCAUCUUCAGCAGGAAUACCCGUGAUGGAUGGCGUCUCCAGCAGGGAGACGGCUGAGCUCCAUCCUGCUCCGGCGACAUAUGUGGGGGCCACAGAGGGACCGGAAUCAACAGAUUAUCCUGUCAUAAAUAACUUUCAAGAUGCCAAAUAUAUAUGUGUUAUGGAAAGUGUCAAGUUAUGGACAAUCGCGGGGCCUAUUGCAUUUAAUAUACUUUGCAAUUAUGGUAUUAAUUCCUUCACCAAUAUUUUUGUGGGACAUAUUGGUGAUCUGGAGCUCUCUGCUGUUGCAAUCUCUCUUUCCGUCAUUGCAAAUUUCACCUUUGGCUUCUUGUUUGGCAUGGCAAGUGCAUUGGAGACAUUAUGUGGGCAAGCGUUUGGAGCAGGGCAAAUAGAAAUGCUAGGAGUUUAUAUGCAGCGUUCAUGGAUAAUCUUAGCAGCCACCUGCUUUUUUCUUCUACCACUAUACAUUUACUCAGAGCCACUCCUUAAACUUCUUGGUCAAGAAAAGGAAAUAGCAGAGCUUGCUGGAAAAUUCUCAAUCCAAAUCAUACCCCAAAUGUUUUCUUUGGCCGUAAAUUUCCCAACCCAAAAGUUCUUGCAGGCACAGAGUGAUGUUGCAAUUCUGGCAUGGCUUGGCUUUGCGGCUCUUUUCGUUCACACUGGUAUCCUCUAUCUCUUCAUUAGAGUGUUUGGCUGGGGAACCACGGGGGCUGCAGCUGCCUAUAACAUCUCGGCUUGGGGGAUUUCUUUGGCUCAGUGUGUUUAUGUUGUUGGUUGGUGCAAGGAUGGUUGGAAAGGAUUGUCAUGGUUGGCUUUCAAGGAUAUAUGGGCAUUUGUUAGACUCUCUAUUGCUUCUGCUGUUAUGCUUUGUCUUGAGAUUUGGUACUUUAUGACCAUAAUUGUUCUCACUGGACACCUUGAAAACCCUGUUAUUGCAGUUGGGUCUCUUUCAAUCUGCAUGAACAUAAAUGGCUGGGAAAGCAUGCUGUUUAUAGGGAUCAAUGCAGCCAUAAGUGUUCGAGUUUCGAACGAGCUUGGAUCAGGACAUCCCAGAGCUACAAAGUACUCUGUGAUCAUCACUUGCAUUGAAUCCCUUAUCAUUGGGAUUUUCUUUGCUAUCCUUAUCAUAGCAACCAAAGACCAUUUUGCGGUAAUCUUUACCAGCAGCAAGGAGAUGCAGACCGCGGUUUCUAAGCUAGCGUUCCUUCUUGGUAUUACGAUGAUACUUAACAGCGUUCAGCCAGUCAUAUCAGGUGUUGCUGUUGGAGGAGGAUGGCAAGCUCUGGUGGCUUAUAUAAACUUGUUUUGCUAUUACAUUAUUGGACUCCCUCUUGGUUUUCUUCUUGGUUACAAAACUUAUCUAAGAGUGGAGGGAAUUUGGAUUGGAAUGAUAUUUGGCACAUUUUUGCAGACACUUAUAUUGGUGUAUAUCCUCUAUAAAACCAACUGGACGAAGGAGGUAGAAGAAGCAACAGAAAGAAUGAAGAUUUGGACAGGGCAAGAUAUGGAAGAGUCUGAGAAGAUGGGAACGUAAAAUCAAGUUUUGUAAUAUAAAUGCUUUCAAUAUACUUCGUGAACUCUUGAAUAAGGCAGUUGAACUUGUCACUGUAUAUUUUUUUAAUAAUUCUUUCAAUUGAUUUUUAGAAAAUAACAA